AGCCCUCUGUUUGUCACCUGGAACGUGGUUCGGAACGGUCAUCACCCUAGGUUAAGGGGUUGCAUUGGAAAUUUUUCUCCAAGUCCAAUAAACGAAGGUUUGAAAGAUUACGCCUUGAUCAGUGCGCUCAAAGAUCAUCGAUUCCCACCGGUCUCUCUUCCCGAACUCAAAAAACUAUCGUGUACAGUCUCACUUCUUCAUAGUUUUGAAGAUUGUCAAGGUGUAACAGAUUGGACGAUUGGAAAACACGGAAUCUAUAUCCAUCUACCAGAUCCGUCAUAUUAUCCACUUCCAAAUUCAAAAAGUCCACCUGACUCUGAAUCCCAUACACUUUCCGCUACUUAUCUUCCCGACGUGGCUCUAGAGCAAGAGUGGGUUCAUUUGGAAGCAAUUGACUCAGCCAUUCGGAAAGCCGGAUGGGAUGGACCGAUUGAUAAAGCACUACGUGAUACAUUGAUCAUAGAACGAUAUCAAUCUUCAAAGUGGACCGCUACUUAUCAUGAAUUUGAAGAGUGGAGAUCUCUCAUGGGGUGCCCAGUGUGA